AUGGAGAUCCCCGGGUAUAACGAGUUGGUGUACUACUCCACGCCGCCAAACAGCUACAUCGGCACCGCCAUAUUUCUCUCGUACAUUGUCGCAGCGGUUUACGCGACAACAUCCACCACUUAUUCACUUUACUCUCAGUAUUCGAGCAUAUUCAACACGCCAGCCGCAAAGGAAGAUACAACACGCAAUGCAGCCCUAGCGGCGCGUGCGCGUCAUGUCAAAAUAUACGCCUUCAUUGCUUCUUUGAGCUUUGCAACGUUAGCUUACCACAUGCUCAUGUUCCUCAUUACACACUACCUAGAAUGGAGCGGAAAAAAGAGUUCAAGUUUGGGCGCUGUGAACAUAGAGCAGUUGAAGAGUUGGAUGUUGGAGUCGACGCUUUUCCAUGAUUUCGGCCAAGAGCUCGUCCAGAAUGCACCCAACGCUGCGUGGACUGAGGCAGCAAUCCUGGCAACAUGGUUCUGGAACAUCUACAUGGCUCAGAAGGCGAGAGCGCGCAACUACGACGCAUCCACAAUGCGCAACUACAUACUGCUCAGCCAAACCCUCCCCAUCUCCUUUGCAGUCUCGCUUUUUCUCAUCCAGCUCCACCUCUCUUCUCCCGAUAUUGCACCUGCGCAAACUUCAAAGGAUCCUGCUAAACCUGUUGCUGCGCCGCAACGCCGCAAACCAAUCGCGUCAUUGCAGAUUCCCAAUAUUCUGGUCAACGCAUCCCUAUUGGCUCUUCCACCUCUCCGCUCUAACUCGAUUUUCAUGGUUCUUCUACUAGUAACGAGAGCGGUACUGCUCGUUCCGCACUGGGCGUUGAUGAGUCUCAAGGACUCAGAUGUUGUCAAAUGCAUCACGAUUUCUGGAGGAUUCGUGGUUGCCAACAUGGCAAUGAUGAAAAAAGAUUUUAGUCCCGCGGCACUUCGAGGAUCACUGGAGGACGGUGGCCAUGCAAUCAAGGCAUUGGGUUGGGACACAGUACUUGGCGCACUAGUCUACAUAGUUCUGGGAUGGGGAGGUGGCGUGUAA